UCGUGCGUCGGCGCGAUUUGUCCGUCCGACCCGUCCACGCGGCCUGGAGGGUCGUAAGACACAAGCGUGCGGGGUUGUGUUGUGGGGCGCGUGUGUGUGUGUGUGUGUGUGUUGCGUGAGGCAGCGCUGGGGAGACACGCGCGUGUGAGUGAUCACACGCUGGAAAUUCAUCACGCAAUUUCUCCAUCAUAACUACGCAUCGGUCGUUCGCCGCGCGGAUUGGUCCCUGGGUGCUUUACUGUGACCAAUCACACAGGUGCUUCACAUAAUCGUGAUUCGUUUCUCCUUCUCUUACUCCAUUGAGUAAUAAUGUCAAGAACAAGAUGAGUAAUAAAGGUUUGAUCAAUAAUGUGACGAUUAAAAAUAGUGAGAAAAUCGAUCAAUACUGUGGAUGAAUUUACUAAGUAUGAUCUAUAAACAAAAAAUUAUUUUGUGUAAACAAUCGUACAGACUUAAGUGUGUUGCCCAAAGUGUUAAGUGUAGCGAGUGUGUGAUUGGUCAGUGGGGUGAGCACUGUGAUGUGGUGACGUCACCACACCCCAGCCCGUGAUUGGUGGUCCUCACGAGCAUCAGAUGCGCCGCCUCAUACGUCACUACCCUCAAAAGGCGGUGAUUGGCGAGCAUGACGGUCAUCAUCUGCGUCAUCUAUUACGUCACUACCCACAAAAGGCGCUGAUUGGUGAGCAUGACGAUCAUCAUCCGCGUCAUCACUUACGUCAUUGUGCUCUCAACGCCGUGAAUGGUGAACAUGACGAGGAUUUAUCAUUACGUCAUUCCUUACGUCAUCAUAUUGGCCACCAUCAACUCCCACACACACAUCAGGGCCGUGUCGUCGGUGGUGGCCCUGGGUGCCAACCUGCUGUGCUCCAGAGUGCCAGGCCUCACGCCCCGCCAGCGCCGCAUCUGCACCAAGGCCCCGGAUGCCAUUGUUGCCAUCAGCGAGGGCUCCCGCACCGGCGUCAAGGAGUGCCAGCAACAGUUCCGCCAUCACCGCUGGAACUGUUCCCUCUUGGCCACCGGCAACGGUGUCUUUGGCCAUGUUAUACUCGUCGGGAGCCGCGAGGCAGCGUAUGUGUAUGCGGUGGUGAGCGCGGGAGCGGCGUACAGCGUGACGGCGUCCUGCGCCCGCGGCAACAUAUCCACCUGCGGCUGUGACGACCGCAAGCGGGGCCGGUACAGCGCCGCGGGCUGGAAGUGGGGCGGCUGCAGCGCUGACGUCAGCUUCGGCAUCCAGUUCGCGCGCAAGUUCUUGGACGCCCGGGAGGAGGAAGGCGACGCCCGCGCUCUCAUGAACCUUCACAACAACAAUGCCGGCAGACGGGCAGUGAGAAGCACCCUACGGACGGAGUGUAAGUGCCACGGGGUGUCGGGCUCCUGCACUAUGAAGACCUGCUGGAGGACUCUCCCGCCCUUCACCACCAUCGGCAGGCACCUCCUCCACAAGUACAACAGGGCCAAGCCCGUCCUCGUCCACAAGAGCCCGAGGAGGUCCCCGCCCUUCCUGCAGCUGCGGAGAGCCAAAAGACGCGCCCGACGGCCGCGCAAGUCUCACCUGGUGUACUUGCAGAAGAGUCCGAACUACUGCGAGAUGAAUCCUGCCACGGGAUCGCUAGGCACGGUCGGCAGGCGCUGCAACAGGACCUCGAGAGGCGCUGACGGGUGCGACCUUCUAUGCUGCGGUCGCGGCUACAACACCCACCAGUACACCCGCAAGUGGCAGUGUAACUGUAAGUUCUACUGGUGCUGCUACGUCCAGUGUCACACCUGCCAGGAGGAGACGGAGGAGUACACCUGCAAGUGAAGAGCUUCCCCCUGAGGCUGGAGUAGGUUGUGUUUCAUCAUAGCAGAGGUCUUGCUUCAUUCUUAAUGGAGGGCUUGUUUGAAACUGUUUCAAACUUAUGGAGAGCCUAUGCUAAACUAGCGCAAGUGCAGUUACUGAAGGUUCUAUCAGAAACUAAUUAAAACAGAGUUUAGAACUAUUGAAGAUACUGUUAAUAACAUGUUAUGGUCGUUUUUGUAAUGCAUUUUAAACUCCUGCUUAAAGCUUUUGGUGAACAGGCUGUUCGUUGCUAGUGAUGGUUAUCUCUAUAGAUGUUUACCUUUGCAACGGAAGAGGCUUCAUUUCAACUGUUAAAGGUAUUAUUAGUUGCAAGACAAGAACCUAUUUUCAACUUCAAAAAGUCCUUCCAAAAACUAUUGCAAAUUCUUCCAAGAAAUUAGUAAAAUUCUUCUUACAGUGAGGUUCUCUUUGUAGCUACAGAAUUUCCUUCCUGUAGGUGUUAGAGGCGUCCUCUAUAUCUACUGAAAACCUCCAUUAGCAGUUACUAAAAGCCAUCUGUGAAACUGCUGGGGGGGGUAGAGGGGGUCCUCUCCGAGUCUGCAUAAGGUCCUGCUUGUAACUAGCUGGGGUCUUAUUCGUCAGUACUCAAGUCCAUUAAUGUAAGUCGAAAGUUAUUAAAUGUGUUACUCCUACCGUCGGCCCUUGCAACUAAUGGAGGUUGUUCCUUUAGCUACUGAGAAACGUGUUUGUAAGAGCUAACGCUCUCCACGGUGUGGCUGUAAGUCAUGUCUUAGAGCCAUUGGCUCUCGUGCUUCUCAAUAUUAAGGACCAUAUUUGCAACUUCUACUUUCGCCUGGUUGCAAAUACCUGAAGAUCAUGUUUGCCACGACAUGAAGCUCCUGCCGGUUGCUACUGAAAUGAACACAGGUCCAGCUGACACUUGCUGACAUGACCUCAGGUCCAGCUGACACCUGCUGACAUGAUCUGAGGUCCAGCUGGCACCUGCUGACAUGAUCUUAGGUCCAGCUGGCACCUGCUGACAUGACCUUAGGUCCAGCUGGCACCUGCUGACAUGAUCUUAGGUCCAGCUGGCACCUGCUGACAUGACCUUAGGUCCAGCUGGCACCUGCUGACAUGACCUUAGGUCCAGCUGGCACCUGCUGACAUGAUCUUAGGUCCAGCUGACACCUGCUGACAUGAUCUUAGGUCCAGCUGGCACCUGCUGACAUGAUCUUAGGUCCAGCUGGCACCUGCUGACAUGAUCUUAGGUCCAGCUGGCACCUGCUGACAUGAUCUUAGG